ACUCCCACUGAUCCUUGUGGAAGAUGUAAGCUAUAAAGAGUUUGAAAAAAAAUGCGAACGGGCAAAUGCAUCAAGGUUCUGGGAAUAUCGGAGUGGAACUGUAAUAAUAAUCGAGUUACCGAAACGUGAUCAUGAGGUUACUCAUGGUGAAUUUGUUAGGCAAUUUUUAAAUGCUUUUUCUAAUUUGCAAUAUCAAGACCGAGUUAGAUGUACCGGAGCAAUUACUUGUUCUGCCACUCCGAAACAUAUAGCCAGAGGAUCUAAACAGGCGGAUGCUUCAUUUGUACCAAGACUUCUCCCUAUUCCAUCUCAAAAUUCGUGUGAUUCUGAGGGUACUCCUUGGCCAACCGUCAUUGUUGAGGUGGCAGAUUCACAAAGUCUUGCAAGUAUUAUCCAAAAGACCACCCAAUUCUGGUUGGCUCCUAAUCGUUGUGAAGAUGUUAUUAUAUUAAAAUUAUGGAAAUGGAAUAGAACUUACCAUAAUGGAAUCCCAAAGCGCCGUUUAACAGUUCGAACAAGUCCUCAAAAUGAAGAUGGGAAUUACCUACCGGUUCAAAUAAUUGAAUUCGGAACUAUUGAUGGAGAAAAUCGACUAUAUAAUCAAUGCUCUGCUCCAGGAAUGUGUACUUUAAGUAUUUCACCACAUUGUAUUUACAGAGGAUGUCCUCAUCAAAAUCCACCGCUUCCACAAUACCCGUUUGAAAAUGAU